UGGUGAUUCACAGCACUCCACAUGGGCGGGAAGUGCCUUAUAUGGACGUGGAAGUGGGUGUGGCGAAGCGGCCGGGGAGGAUCACAAGACCUCUUCAGAGAAAAAAAAAAAAAAAAAAACAGCUCGUGCGUGGAGAACGGCGCAGCGCGGCGUGGAUCUGCGCACGCGGCGCUGUAAUUGAACUGUCUCGUGUCACUGUGCGUAACUGCUGGAGUCUCUGCGGUCGAGUGGACGCAGCGGUGGAGCAGAGAGGUGAUGGUGUGAGGUCAGAUCAGCGUGACUCAGCCCCCCCCCCCCCUGGAGAUGCGCGCAGUCAUCCGUGUUCACGUCUAGGGAGCGUGGGACCCCACGUCCUUGUGGCGCGAGGCUGCGGCGGGCGGCGAAGCAGCAGCGGACGGGUGCCGCCCAUGAAUGAGGGGCGCAAGGCGACUACCAGACGUCUCAAUCCAGCUCCGCCGCCGCCUUGGAGUAACGGCUGGAGAAGGGGUUAUAAUCCCCGACUCCUUGCCCCGCUCCCUUGUGGAGUUGUGUGGUAGCUCUCUUUUCUCAAUGCUGCUGAACAGUCACCAACAGCCAUAGGGCAAAAUAAACACUCUAACUCUUGGGCUUGUCUCUGGUAGCUCUUUGUCUGGGGAUUUAAAGCAGUCCUCCCUCCCCUUCCCCCCUUCCCCCUGCAGCCAUCGCUGAUUGAUGAUCUAGCCAUGAGCCUGCCGCCUCAGCAAAAGGGUAACACCAAGAGGGCAGGAAAGCGCAUCACCUUCUUCAAUGACCAGGAUGUGGUCACAAAGGAGCCUAUGCAGCAUGUUGAGGGGCCUUUCUUUGGCUUGGGAUCGUCUUCCUUGGAGCCUGGACACAACGAGGCUAUGAGUCAGGCUUCGAGCUCAGAGGCGCCUCACAUGUACCUCAACUCUGUCAUAUUCAGUCCUGAGAAGGGCGAGCAGAGCAGGGGCCAUUACCAGCAGACUGUUCCCAUGAAGUGGGCUCAACAGGACUCAUCAAGACAGGCCUCCUGGUCUCAGGGCAUCCCCAUCACUUCCUGGGGCCAGAACUUUGCGCCCUACCUGGGCGGCGUCAGUGUGAAUGACUCGAGGAUGCAGGCUGCCUUCCUCAAGCCGUUGCACGAAGGGCCUCUGCUGCAGCCAUCCAGGACGGCUGCAGAGAAGCAGCUGCCCGACCCUCCAGACGCUUACAGAGACGUGGCUGAUGCCCGAGGUACGGACUGGGAGGCACAGCAGCAGGCUGUGGCUUCUGUGCACCAUGGCCAGCGUGGCCAGUUGCAGCUGUUACCCCAGGGCCCUGCCCCGGGGAUGUCUAGCCAGCCCCUCGCCACCUCUCAUGCCACAGGCAGCUCUGUCCUGCAGCCCUUCCAGGUGGCAUUUGGACAGCCCAAGCAGCACCUUCCUCCCGGCUAUUACCAAGUGUUUCAGUGCAACAGAACCUUGCCCAACCUGAAUUAUGGUGGACAGCCGAAACCGGCAAACCAGUUUCGGCAACAAGAACAGCAGCAACAGACACAGCAGCAUCAGGAGUUCCAGCAACAUCAAGAACAGAAACAUCCGCAACAGGAAAUGCAGCCAAAGCUGCAGCAGCAGCAAGGGCAACAGGAAAAUGAGCAGUUUCUGGAUUACUUGUCCCACACCACUCUGCCAAGUAUGCAUGUGAACCUUCAUCUGCAGCAGCAUCCAUCUCAGCCUCUGGAGUCCAGCACAAAACCAGAGGGGCCUCAAAUUCAAUUUCCUGCCGAGACCCUAGAUCCAGACGCCCAUGAGAACGCGCAUCGUCCCUCAAGCCCGCCGCAGCCCUCACACGUCCCUCAGCCUGCCUCGCAGAGAUCUCGACACCCCUCCGAGGAGGGUGUCCCUCCGGCAGGUGACAACCCCUUUCUUGUGCUGGUGAGCCACCCGGAGCCUCGGAAGGGAAGUCCAGAAAGAGGAGGGGUGCACACGGACCAGGCUGUUCCGGCUGCACCCACGGGAGUGAUUCAGAGCACGCGCAGGAAGAGGAGGGUGUCCCAUGAGGUCAACCUCGAGACGCUGGCUCAGAAAGCGUCGGAGAUGGAGUCCUUACCUUCACAUGCCAGCAAGGAGUCGGAGAAGGCGUGGAACCCCAGCGUGGCCCCCGCGGCCCCCCAGGGAGGAGCCGUCGAGGGCGAGGGGGCGAAUGCCAAGCGCCCGCGUGACGACAGCAUGCUGCCGCUGGUGAUCCCCGUGUCGGUUCCCGUGCGACAGCCGCACCACCUCACGGCAGACCAGGAUCAGGCUAAGCUGCCAGGUGGCUGGGCCCCGCGGGCCCUCGGACUGCACGACUCGGCCCAGAACGAGCGCAAGCCGACUGUGAUCGUGACCCGCCGGCGCUCCCUGCGGAGCUCGCUGUCCGAGAGCUCCGGCCAGAGUGGAGGUGGGGAGGAAGGAAAAGAGGAGGACGGGAAGUCCGCCAAAAAGAGGGGGCGGCCCCGCCCUGGGCCCCUCUUCAUCCCGGCCCCCAAACCGGUCACCUUCAUCACCCCGCCCGUGUACUCGAACAUCACGCCCUAUCAGAGCCACCUGCGCUCGCCCGUGCGCCUGGGCGACAACGCGGCCUCCCUGCCCCCCUACACGCCCCCACCCAUCCUCAGCCCCGUGCGCGAGGGCUCCGGCCUCUACUUCUCCACCUUCAUAUCCUCCGGCGCUGCGGGUGCCAGCCAGGUGCUGCCGCUGCCGGUCACGCCCAAGUCGGCCGCACGCAGCCUGCUGCGCUCCAGCAGCUGUGACAUAACGCCCCCAGUUCUGAGCGCGGUCAAUGAAGCAACCCCAGUGAGCAUUGAGCCUCGGAUAAACGUCGGAAUUCGGUACCAGGCGGAAGUGCCGGAUCUGCGGGACCUUACGGCGGCCCAGCGGGACCAGCACCAGGCGGAACUCGUAUGGGCUCCUCUGCCAGAGCCGGAGUCUAAAUCUGCACAGCUAGAGAGAGUGGAUGACCUUACGCGUCUGGCGUGCUCCAGCGCCCUGUGCGGCGGCGGGACCAAUCAGGAGCUGGCGAUGCAUUGCCUGUACGAGUGCAAAGGGGACAUUCUGGGAGCCCUGACACUUUUGCUGCUGAAGAAUCCCAUAUUCUCCAAGACGCACCCGUUGGGUGACUACCACUACUCUGGGUCUGACAGUUGGACAUCAGCUGAAAAGAAAGGCUUCAAUAAAGGAAUCGCUGUGUACAAGAAGGACUUCUUCAUGGUCCAGAAAAUGGUGAGCACCAAGACGGUGGCGCAGUGUGUGGAGUUCUACUAUUCCUACAAGAAACAGGUAAAGAUCGGCCGCAAUGGGACCCUCAUCUACGGAGACAGAGAGUCGCCUCAGGCCUUUGCCGCAGAGGUGGAGGUGGAUGUCAAGAGUUCUCAGCGGCUCGAAUCACGGAAGGAGGGUGAAGACAAGAGCAUCGAGGGCUCGUGUGACAGGAGGCAGGACUGCAGCCCCAGCAGUGUGAGCAAGCUGCUACGGGCCUCUGACAGCGCUGGCGCGGUGUUGGUGCUCAGGAGCCGGGAAGAGACGCGGGAGGAGGAGCGGACCCGGAUCCGGCCGCCCUCGCCACCGCCGCCCCCGCCCCCUCCUUCGGUGCCGGCGAAACCCCGUAGCGACAGCGGAAAGAGGAACGGAACGACGGCAGCGAGCAGGGGACACUCGGCCCCAGAGGGGGAAUUUCCCUGCAAGAAGUGCGGCAGGGUGUUCUACAAGGUGAAGAGCCGCAGCGCGCACAUGAAGAGCCACGCGGAGCAGGAGAAGAAGGCGGCCGCGCUGCGGCAGAAAGAGGCCGAGGAGCGGGCGGCGGCGGAGGCGGCGGCGGCGGCGAUGGCGUCUCGGCAGAACGGAACGAGGGAGCGCAGCAGGGACAAUAGCACCGAGGAGUCCUCGGAGGAAGAAGAGGAUGCAGAUGACGAGGACUGGCACUGAGCCCUGGCCAGGGUUGUUCCCAGAGGCACGCCUAACCCCUGGUGUGUUCGCAUGAUUGUGCGCGUUUGUGUUUCGAUGUGAGAGGGGUAAGUGGUGGGGGGUGGGGGGGGGGUUGUCCUUUUUUUUUUUUUUUAAAUCUUUUCUAAAUUUAUUUGGCUCUUUCAGGAACACAGCUGUGUGCCACAUUUAUUCGUGAGCCCCAGACACUGUUCCUGUACUCACCCCCCCGUGAGCACUUUUAAACCGGUCCGCUACAGAGAUUCUUCUGUGCGGUUGCUUGAGCCCUUUUGUAUGGCACAUGGUGCAUGUGACACUGCUCUCUUAACUCCUUUUGAUAGUUUGCUCUUGAUGACAUAUUUAAUAAAGUUUAUUCUGUGAAAAUCCAGGAUGACUAAUGUUCUAACUUUACCACUAUCAGGAGGACCUCAGAAUGCACAUGAUGUGUUGCAUAUUUUUACAUUUUUUAUACAUAUCCAUAUAUUUUUAAGACUGCUAAAAGCUUGUACAGCACGUAUUC